CUCGAACGAUCAGACUCCGCCGUGUCGACAACGCCGUCAGACAACAACGAGCCCACAAUACACCAGCCCAUACCAACGCGCCCACGACUUCCAAGUCGCCAGAGCAGCGGACCUCUUGUGGUCCCCCGCGACAGCUCUGCCGUUGGUCCUGUCGAGUCUCACUAUGGCCCGGACGAUGUUAGAGCCAUGAGUCCGCGGCGCACGAGUGAAGAUAUUGACAAGAUGGGCAAGGAAGCUCGCGAGGAGCUUAGGAAGCACGCGCAAGCACUUCAGGACUCCCUUCUCACCAUCUUUAACCGAAUCGAGGCCGUGCGAGAAGAACACGACAAGCUCGACAGUAACAACAAAUUCCUCCAGAAGUAUAUCGGGGAUCUCAUGAGCACGAGCAAAAUCACAGCGACAAGUAGUCGAAGCAAGAAAUGA